AUGCAGCCCCCGUGUUCGCUGCCGCUCGGCCCCUGUGGCCCCGCGCCGUCCCUGGGAUCGCAGGGCAGCACGGCCGGCCUCCACCAGCUGGAGGAGAAGCAGCUCUUUGAGAAGUUUUGGAGGGGCACUUUCAAGGCGGUGGCCACCCCGAGACCGGAGAGCGUCAUCGUGGCCAGCAUCACCGCACGGACCAGGGUGGCCAACCCCUCCUUCGACGAGGAGCUCUCCCCUCGGCCCAAGGCCAAGAAGAAGAAGAGAAAGUCCGAGCGCAAGAGGAAGAGGAAAAGGUCUCCUUCUUACAGCCUGUCGCCGCUGAGGAAGAAGAAAAAGAAGAAGAAGAAGAGCUCCAAGAAAAGCAAGCGGCACAGAUACACCUCGAAGAAAUCCAAACACAGCUCUUCAAGUUUAAAACAUAAGAGGAGGGAUAAACGCAAGCACAAGAAAAGCUCCCGGACUCACUCGCGGCGGAGUCGACGUUAUCGGAGGUCAGAGUCGUACAGUUCUUCCUGCCACUCAUCCGCAGAGUACAGACACCAUCUGCAGAAGUCUGUGGUGCAUCAGGCUUUAGGAGACCUGGCAGCUGUCAGACAGGACACGGACACGAAGUGGAGACCAGCAACCAAAUCAGUGUGUAAAAUGGCUCCAAAAUAUCGCUCCAUCCUCUCAACCAGCACAAUUUUGUCGUCAAAACCUGGAAGCGAGCUCUUACAGGGAAAAGGGUCUCGGCAAAUAUCGAGCCAGGUGGACGCUCCGCACGAUUACGACUCUGGGAAUGACACGUCCUCGCCGCCGUCGAGCAAAACCGACGUCUCGCGGUCGAGCGUCACCGACAACAAGAGGAGCCACUGUCGGCGUCUGACCUCCCCGGAGAAGCUGAGGUUCACAGACAGAGACAAUGCCUCCGAUUCAGGAAACUCUGUGACCAGCUACACGUCGCUAUGCAAACCUUACAGGGAGGACAGCUUGUCCGCAACCGUUUUCAGUGGAAAUGGCAAGAGGGAGCAGAUAACCUUGGGGUGUCAGGUGGAGGUUGCGACACCUCAGAAGACGUCCAGCUGUUCGCGGAAGAUGAGCCUGUCAUCUCGAAAGCGGCGGAAAGCUCGCACGUCCAGCAGCAGGAGCAGGAGCAGGAGCAGGAGCAGGAGCAGGUCCUCGGGGAGUUCCAGAUACUCCGGACGCUACUCGCGAAGUCCGUCACUUUCAUCUUGCAGCUCGUACUCGCGGUCUCCAAGUUACUCAGCUGACCUGAGGCGACGAGGCAGCGUGGCCAGCCUGAGCUCCAGAGGAAGCUACUCCAGAAGACUGCGAGACAGAAAGAGAGCGCCUAGCCACAGAGCGACAGAUGUGAAGACAGCACGUAAGGUGAGUGGGAAGAGACGAAGACGCAAAUCCUACUCUCCUAUGAAGAAAAGACGGAGAGACUCGCCAAGCCAUCUGGAAGCACGUCGAAUCACAAGUGCCAGGAAACGACCCAUCCCGUACUUCCGACCCAGUCCCUCCUCCAGCAGCCGCUCCACCAGCGUGUCGUCCUGGAGCAGCCUCUUCACCCGCAGCCGCAGCCGCAGCCCGAUCCACAGCGUCAGCCGGAGCAGGAGCCGGAGCCGCAGUCGGAGCUGGAGCUACUCCUCCUACAGGAGCUACAGUCGCAGUUCCUCCUUUAACUCGAUCUUCGGGACCCGCAGUCGCAGCCGGAGUUGCGGUUCGUUGAAAAAGCGCCACAGGACCAGGCGUUAGGGAAUCCCAGAGAACGCGAAGGCACUGAAGCGCUCGUCGGGGGUUUUCCACUUGAGGGCGAGGACAGCGGAUGUUGGAGCGAUCAGCUGUGAGCGUCUCCGUGCUCUGCCCUGAUGCUCGAGUGGAAGUGUCCCAGCAGGAGUCCGACCACAGCGAUCACGGAGGAAGUCCUGCUCACGCUGCCCACAGAGGCCGCUGGAGAGUGAAUGUGUUCUCGUUUGUUUUGUUCUCGUACUGCGUCGCCUCACAUUAGCACAACGGCCUGCGACUGUUCAUCUCUUACAUAUUUACCUGUAGAAUCUGCACAUAAACCAACUCCAUGUUCUCCUUUUAAUGUCUGUGCACGUCCCGUUAGAUUAUUCUUUUAAAUGAAUACUUUAUAUUUAUUUUUAAAUGGCACAUAAAUGGCCCUGAAUCCCAUAAAUACUGAACAAAUGAGACUUUUGACAGGACGGGAGACUUUUACUGUCCCAGAUUUUACACCACGAAGUGUUGAGGGAACAUUUGAGCCAUUUGAUUCAAACUGGUGACAAACGGCUUCAGAGGAAUCGUUAUCAGGAAUAAGGAAAAAGGUUUAUUGCUCUGAUGUCUGCACUUCACACGGUGGAGAACAGACGAGUUUCCUCUGAAGAAUGAAACGCGAGGUGGCCUGGCGGCGAGCGCGAUGCCCGUCAGCUCACAUGUGAAAUGAAUUUAUCCUCCGAUCAAAUUUGAAGAGUCAGAAAUAAAACAGGUAGCGAUUAAAACAUUGUGCAGACGAGGAGGGAGGCUUUUUAUGUGGUGAAUUUAUUUUUGGGGAAAAACAUCAAAACCUUGGAAUUUUGUGUAUUUGCAGCAACAACAUGUUGAAAAUGAGCCUGAACUUUUGAAAUAUUGAGCCUCGAUUUACUUGAAUAAUUUUCUUUCGGCUACGACGCUGGAAACAAACACACAUAAACCGUGUUUUUGAGUUAUAUCACAAAUGAAAAGUCAAGUUUAAUAUUUCAAUAUUUAUUACUUAUUUAUUAUUUAUUGGUUUGUUGUCUCUCUCAGUAGUUGUCAAUCUUUCUAUGCAACACUGGCAGUUUAUAGUUUUUAUGACACUGCUGUAAUUUAUUUUUUGGGGGUUCGUUUGUAAAUCAUUCUCUUCGGCACCGAGCGUGCACGUAAAACUUCCCAGUGAGCAGAUGUUCCAAUGAAAUAAAGUUUGACAUUUUCGGAAAUAUUUUUAUCUGCUUUCUUGCCGAGAUUCAGACGAGAAGAUUAAAACCGUACCCGUUAGCUUAGCUUAGCAUUUAGUUUGGAAACGGCGAGCUCAGUAACAGAAUUUGUCAGCUGUGGGAUAAACCUGUAAAACCACAAUUUGAUGUUUCAUCAGUUUUUGGUGUUGAUGAAGCUCAUGAGAUGUCAGGGUUCUUAAUUUUAAUGAUCACAUAACACAUGAUCGAAAGUGAAAAUCCCAUUCAGGGCGUCUCCAAAUCCACCUUUUGCUAAUGGCCAAAAGUUUGGUCAGUGUGUCACACGCGUGGUUCAAAAGGGUUGUUCUUAAUUAAUCCUUCCAUCUUUUUAAUUAAUCCGUUGGUGUGUCUUGGGCGUUAAACAUGCAACCAACCAAUCAAUCUUCCUUCUCUCUUUAAGAUUUGGCAAGUAGCAAAGAGAGAAAGCUUGUCUGCAGAGGAAACCAGGACAGGUCUGAAACUAUCAAAGACACUUUGAUCGGCUGCUCGGUGGAUUUGUUGCCUUCGUAUUUAUCCCAAUCUCCUCAUCUGAUUCUCCACGAAAGCAAAUAAACUAGAAUAUUUCCCCUAAAUGUCAAACUUGUUCUUUAAAGUUAAUUUUCGGGGGCUGCUUUGACUCCAGGGUUUGUAUCUGCAAAAAGUUAGAAAACUGCCUUCUUGUAUAAUAAAGAGAGUUAAUAUUUCUCAAUCGUUUCAAAUCCAUCAUCACGGCCGUGCGUGCGUUGUGCUCCAGGCCCGACUGACUGCUCUCUAUGCACUUCAAUCCUCUCGGCUUAUUUCCCUGAAUGUCAACUAAAUUGGAUGAAUGAGGGAGAUUCGACGCUGGAAGAGGAACUCGGCACAAAGGUUCUCCACAGACUCUAAACUCCUGACGACGAGGAGCCGGCGGAUGAUUUGUCGUGUUCAUAACUCUCCCACCUCACAAUGUAAAGUUUACAUCACCUGUUGUGCAUAAUGAUUUUUGAAUAUUACCAUGAUGUAAAUAUGCAUCUGCACUGUAAAAAUUAUACAAAAAGCUGUGAUGAUUUGAUUUUGCAGAAUGUGAUUCAGGGCGUCGUUGGCUGUUUAAGUGUUUGACGCGUUGACCGGCGGAGUUGGGCAUCGAUCAGCGGACUGUAGAUGUGUUGGUGUAUAAGAUCCCUCUGAUCACGUCGUCUGUUGUUUUAAAACGUACAAUAACAGCAGUCAUACAGCAAUAGUGAUCCAGUGUUUCAGUGUUAAAUGAUGCCUCCUCUCCCCCUUAUUUCCCUGCGAGGAAAAGCAGAAAGCAAAUGUUUUUCAUGCUGUCACAUGUUUCCUGGUGUCAGUGUGAACUUCACGUCGUAACAAUGUGUCGCCCGGAAAUUGAAUUGUCCCCCAUGAUGCUCCUCCACGUGCGUGUUCAGAAUAAGAUCAAUAAACUCAUGUUCUGGAUAAAAUGAAAAA